UUCACUUUCACUUUAAUUUUGUUUAUUUCCGUGAUCAUUUUAAUUGAAAUCACAAUCAACAAAUUUAUCACCGAUUCUCAUCAGUUAAACUAGAGAAGACACUAAUCCAUCAACAAUUAACCAACAAUCAACCAAAUGGAUUUAAAAUUUAUUCAAAUAAUUGUGCUUUUGAGCUGUGCAGCUUUGAGCUUUUGUGAGGUUAGUCAACAAAAAUUAACUGGUGAUGAAAGCUCAUUGAGCAGCGAUACUCAGGUAACGGAAUCAACUUUGACCUCCAGUGGGUCCGCUGGAUCCUCAUCCUUGUCCUCAUCUUCAUCUUCAUCUUCAUCUUCAUUAUCUUCAUCAUCCUCAUCAACAACAGCAUCACCUUCGCCUUAUUCAUUUGCAUACAACACAGCCGAUGUUUCUGGUAACCAAAUAGUCCGUCAAGAAGCUGGUGAUGCCAAUGGUGCAGUUAGAGGUCGAUAUGGUUACCGAGAUGCCGACGGUUUGUAUCGUACUGUUGAAUACAUUGCAGAUGCUAAUGGUUUUCGAGCAGCAAUCAGGUCAAACGAACCAGGUCUUGGUAACUCAGCGGACGUAAACGGAAUCCCAGCAAGUGUUUUUCUACAAACUGAGACCACUCCAACCAAAGUCGCAUCGAAAGUGGCCUCAGCAUCUUUGGCCAGACUCCGAGUUGCACAAAAUACUUUGGCCACAGCUUUACCUACAACAACAACGACUCGAAGACCAGUCGCAGUUUCUACUGCAGCCCCGACAGCUCGACCGAGUAUUUUGGCCUCGUUGACUCCUCUGUCUGCAACGAAAGGAGGUGCAACUGCUCCAGUUGGAAUCGCUGUUGCGAGAGUGACCCCUGUUGCUGCUGCUCGAGCUAAUUCAGUUCGACAAUCAGUUCGAUUACCAUCAACACUUCGACUAGUAAGUUCUCAGAUUGUUCCUCUACAACGAUUAGUCCCCUUAACAACAUCGACCACAACCACCACCACUACAACUACAACCGAAGCGCCAGCAACUGUAUCUCAACAGUUUUUAUCUGGACAACAAGAUGACCAACAAGUAAAAUCUUCAGAUGAACAAGUCGAAUCAGAUUCAUUGGGCUCCGACCAACAAGUACAAACUGACCAACAAUCAGCAUCAGAUGAUCAACAAGAACAAGCGAAAUUUGUCCAACCCGCUCAACCAAUUCAACCACAAACUGUACAACAAAAACAAAUAGACCAACAAACAGAUUCAUCUCCUGCUCAGCCAGAAGUAAACACCGAUAACGACGAGGCCGGAGAGUCACUUCCUUCAACACCCGUUCAACCUCAAAUUCAAAUUCAAACCCAAAUUCAACCACAGGUUCCACCUCAGGUUCAAAUUCAACCUCAAGUUCAAACACAAAUUCAACCUGAGAUUCGUGAAACUCAACCAGAAGCUCAACCCGAAACUCAACCAGACAUCCAGCCUGAGAUUCAAUCGGAAAUUCAGCCACAGAUCCAAACUCAGAUUCCAAUUCAGCCAUUGCCUCCACCAACCACUGGACCAGUCGCACAUGAAAAUCCAUUGUUAGUACGUUUCUUGGACGAAGAUUUGACUUACGAUUCUCUAGAGUUCCCACAUAUUGAACCUCAACCACGAACCAUCGCAGUUCAAACCGAUGACCAUCCCCUGAGUCGAUUGUACAGAAUCGUUCCACUUCCUCACCAUGAAAGUUUGAGACUCCACCAGGCGGGUGCUAAUAUGAUGUAUUUGACAAGUGCUCAAUCAUAUGGACCAAAUUAUCAAAACUAUUGAUGGUUCAAAUUUUAAUCUCUUGUAAAACUUGUCCAUAAAUUUCACUAACCAAAACAUUGUAUUUAUUUAACAUAAACUCGAUUUGUAAAAAAUUAAAAUCAAAAAGAGUUCUAA